UAAACUACGUGGUAAUCAGUACACACAGGUUUGAAAUACUGUACAUCGUUUUCCACAAUUUUAGCUUUAACAAAUUAUGUUUUCCUUAUUUAAAAUUAAAUAUACUCAACAAUUACUUGUUGUAAAAUCGAGUAAUAUAAGAAAAAAGAAGAAAAAUCAUUAUUGGAUAAACCUGGAAAAUGGAAAACGAUGCGUUGGAAUAUUCCUUUGUAAAUCAGAUGAAAGACAAACUCUUUUAGAAAUAAAAAAGAACAUAGAUACUAAUUCACCAAAGAUUGUAAUAGAGAAGGUUAACAAAUCGUCAAAUAUCCAGUGUGCAAAUAAUGAAACGUGCAAUAAAAAUAAAGUCAUGUCCGAUCCAUGUUUAAAGAUAACUGAGUCAGUAAUAAAAAGUAAUCUUGAUACUAAUAUUAAAAAAUCAAUAUGUGAUCAAUUAGAUGAAGAAAAUGAUGAAAACAGAAAUCCUCACUUGACAAGAUCUGUGUUAAAGCACAAUGCCAAAAUAUUAAGAUCUCAAUGUUCAAAGAGUACAACUAAAGAAAUAAAAGAAAGAACAUAUAAUUAUUUAUCGGAAGAUGUAUUAAGCAAAAAGUGUAAGCGCAUGGCCAAAUUAUCAACUGAGAAUUGCAAGAAAGAAUAUAAUUUUUCUAAGACAGUUGAUGAAAAAAUACAAUGUAAUAGUGACACUAAUGCUAAAGAAUCAAAAAAGAAUUAUGAUUUAUUAAGUUCGAAGCAGAAUAAUAUAAUAAAUGAUAAUACAUUUGUUUUAAGUACAGAAAUUAUAAAUCAAGUCUCUAAUCAACAUACAGAUCCAAAUAAUAUAGUAAACUCAUAUUUAGAUUUGGAUACAAAAUCUGAUUUUUACUACAAUGAUAAACAGACUAAUGUCAGAACUAAUGAAACUUUGAACAGUUCUGUAGUAGAUAUUGAAUUAGAAACUAUAUUAGAUACUGUAUUACAAGCUGAAUCUUCUACAACCUAUCCUCGAAUUAUAGAAAACACAGAGUGCCAAAUAAAUAUGACUGUCUUACAGAAAAGUGUGAACUCAACAGCAGAUGAUUCGUUUAAUACAUCUAUUUUGCAGAAGUCUUCGGAGCACUCUAAUAUAAAUAUUUCUAAUAUAAAUAUAACAGAUACAAUAAGUAAUAGUACAUCAAUGAAUGACAAAAUAUCAGCUAAAAAUAAAUUCAUUUCUACAUUUUUCUAUGGAGAUACUGAACUGGAUACGACUUUAACAGACUUUAGUGACUUAAAUGAAGUUAAAUCUUCUAUAGUGAACAACAAUAGUGAAUUAUAUUGCAACAAUCACNAAGUUGCACAUGUCUUGCAAAAUACAGAUUUUNAAGAAAAUGAAAUAUCAAUUAAUACAAAAAAUCAUAUUGAAGAUCCGAAUUAUGAACCAUCUAUUCAUAGUCAUAGUUCAAAUGAUACGUAUAUUAGUAGUGAAAGCGGAACAAAUUGUAAAAUUGAUGACUUAGAAGUUGCAAAUGAAUCUAACAUAUCAGAGAAGUGGUUAGAAACUGUAAUCACAAAUAAAGGCACUAUGUUAAGAGAAGAAACAAGACCAUGCAGAGAUGAUGAAUUAUUUGUAGAAUUGUCUCGAGGGCCAAAAGGAGAUAAUAAAUCAAAUUUUUGCUUUUAUUGCAAUACUAUGCAAACUAAAAUUGCUCGGCACCUAGAGUUAAAACACAAAAAUGAAGAAGAAGUAAAAAAAUUUGUAUCGCUUCCAAAGAAAUCUGCGGAACGCAGAGAAGAAAUAAGUCGAAUAAGAAAAAAGGGUAACUUUAAAUAUAAUACACAAGCAGAUUUAAAUAGUGGUUCUAUGAUCGUGGUAAGAAGGCCUACUAAAACAGAGAAACAAAAUGGUUCGUAUUUCUUACCGUGUUUCAAUUGUGGAGGACAUUAUGCAAUACAUAAUCUCAGACACCAUUAUCGCAUUUGCGCUAAGAAGAAAGAUACAGUUCGAAAUGUAUUAAAAUUAGGACAAAGCGCUGCACAAUCUGUUCAUAAUCGAGCAAGCUUUAAAUUAAGGAGAGACAUUCUGCCAGUAAUGCGAAGAGACGAUAUUUAUAAUUUAAUAAGAUAUGACUUCCUUAUUAUAAUAUAUGGAAAUUACCUCUGUCAAAUGUAUAGAUUACAGCAUUUAGGAGAUCAUAUACGGCAACAAUUACGACUACUUGGACGAUAUUUAAAAGCAUUGAGAUCAAUUGAACCAAAAAUGAAAGAAUUACAAAUGUUGUUUGAUCCAAAAUAUUAUGAUAUCGCCAUAAAAGCAGUAAAUAUAGUUGCCAAAUAUAAUGAAGAUACGCAAGCUUAUGAAAUACCAUAUAAUGCUACAACUCUAGGCACAUGUCUAAAAAAAUUAUAAGUUGAAUAUGGUAAUACUGUUAACAAAACAGUUACAGAAGCGCAAACUGCAAACAAUCGAANAAAAGUAGUAA